GGUUGGAGUCGGUCGGUAUUUAACAUGGCAGAAGCAAAGAUGAAAUGUGUAAGUAUAGUGAAGUCCAACCUACUGGUGAUCUUGACCAUGAUUGGCGUUAGUCUUGGCUUUGGUGCAGGAUUUGUGGCCCGAGAAUUCAAUCCGUCAUCUGACGCUCUCAUGUGGAUAGGAAUGGCUGGAGAACUCUAUCUCCGGAUGCUGAGAUCUAUGAUUGUACCUCUUAUUGUUUCCUCUGUGAUAACAGGAACAGCUUCUAUGGAUCCAAAAUCCAACGGCAAAGUAAGCGCUGUGUGCUUCCUUUACAUAAUGAUCACCAAUAUGAUGCCCACGAUUAUAGGAAGUAUCCUUGUGGUUGCCAUCAAACCAGGUGAGGGCGUUGCAGACGCAAAAAGCCAAUAUAAUUUGACCACAAAUCUGGAAACACAAGAUAUAUUUGCAGAUUUAUUAAGAAAUUUGGUUCCUGCGAAUUUGGUUUCGGCAACAUUUGAACAAGCACAAACCAAGUAUCAUGACGAAAUGGUUCCAUCAAAUAAAAAUCCUAAUGUGUCAAUUACGAUAGUCUCGAAGAGUGUUGGAUCCGCACCUAGCUCCAACAUACUAGGUUUGGUCAUUGUAAGUGCGGUGUUCGGACUCGCAACCAGUCAUAUGAAGGACGUAGGCCUUCCCUUUAAACUGUUCUUCAGCUCUGCCACUGAGGUCAUCCUCAGGAUUCUUCGCUGGUUAAUUUGGUCCACUCCUGUUGGGGUACUGAGCUUAGUGGCAAGGACCAUAGCUGGAUCCCAGAAUCUAGAGGAGGACUUGCGGAAGUUAGGUGUGUACUUCGGCACAGUGAUGACAGGACUUCUUCUGUGUGGAUUUAUCAUUCAACCAAUCACUUACUUUAUCGUGUGUCGGAAAAACCCAUUCAGAUUCUGGUUUUCUAUUCUCCAACCCACCAUGAUAGUGUUUGCUACCUCUAGCACUGCCAUCGCCAUACCUGAAUCCUUUGAGUGUCUGGAGAAAGGGAAUGGCCUAGACAAAAGGGUGACCCGUUUUGUAGUUCCUCUUUCCGCCGCCCUGGGCCGAUGUGGAAGUUCCAUGUACAUUACAGUGUCCUGCUUGUUUGUGGCACAGCUGGUCAACGUUGAAGUGGACUUUGCUAAAAUUGUCAUAGUUUGCAUUUUGACCACCUUCUCAACGCUGGCAGUUCCUUCUGUGACGGGGGCCAGUCUAAUCACCGUCAUCAUUUUACUGACGGCCCUCAACAUCCCUGCCGAAGCCGCUUCCCUUCUUUUUGCUUUGGAAUGGUUUCUUGACAGAUUUCGAUCAGUGGUCAAUUACUACAUACAAACAUUGGGUGUCGUCGUCACGUAUGAAAAAUGUAAAGCAUCGCUACCAUCUUCAGAGGAAAAAGACGAUGUUCUGGAUGAAAAGAGUGACAACAUUUUUGUUCCGCAAGAAAACGAAUCCGAGAAUGUAGAAAGAACCGACCAACAAUGUCACCUUUAAAUUUUGUUUUGAGAGAAAUGUUACUAUCUAUGCAUGUUAAUAUACUGUUUAGUCUAAGGUCCAAUGGCUUUAAAUAACAUACCUCUUGAAAUUUCAGCAAUCAUGUAAUCUACAUUGUCUCAAUUUUUUUCUCUCAAAGAAUUCACCUUUGAAAGUAUAUCAAAACCUUCGAUUCGUGUACGUGUGAUCCUACGUUUGAGGAGUGUCUGCAGCGAGAAAAUGUUUACAUAAUUUCAUCCAUUGACUAAAGAAUAAAUUUUUUCUUUCAUAGAUGGAAUGAAUCCUGGCAUAUUUUUUUAAAUGUCGGAUAUUACUGAUUUAAUGAAUGGGUUUAUGAAAUGUGAAAAUAUACUAGUACUGUAUUUCCAAAUCGAUUGUGAUCAUUUCGUUAAUUUUCUCCCUAAAUCUUUACGUACUCUAUUCAGACACUUAAGAAAUGAGUCAUUUUGAUGUCGGUAUAAUCCUUUGUAUAAGUGUAAAAAGUAGAUGUGUUAGUGAAUGCAACUUGACAAAUAUCAUCUAUUACCUUAGUAGUAGUUAUAUACUGUCCUAUAAAAAGAUCUGUCUUUUGUUGAACAAUA